AUGCCGGAGACUUCAAAAAUGAAUGGAUAUGCAAAAACAAACGGUCAUAGUUAUGAUAUGGAAGAUGGAUCAGUGUUUUUAUUUACAUCAGAGUCUGUCGGCGAGGGACAUCCAGAUAAAAUGUGCGAUCAAAUAAGUGAUGCUGUUCUUGAUGCGCAUUUGAGACAAGAUCCUGAUGCGAAAGUAGCUUGUGAAACCGUCACAAAAACGGGAAUGAUCCUGCUGUGCGGUGAAAUCACUUCCAAAGCUAAUGUUGACUAUCAAAAGGUAGUCAGAGAGACAGUGAAACAUAUUGGCUAUGAUGAUUCUUCUAAAGGUUUUGAUUGGCGUACACUAAACUUGUUAGUGGCUAUUGAAGAGCAAAGCCAAGACAUAGCAGGCGGGGUUUAUCAAAACAGAGAGGAAAUUGAUUUUGGGGCAGGAGAUCAGUCGCCAUACAUUGCAGCUGGAGUGCAUGAAAACAGAAAUGAGGAAGAUGUUGGGGCUGGUGAUCAGGGAUUGAUGUUUGGAUAUGCUACUGAUGAAACAGAAGAAUGCAUGCCACUCACGGUAGUGCUUGCCCACAAACUCAACCAAAAGAUUGCUGAGCUGAGACGAAAUGGUGAAUUUUGGUGGGCUCGCCCAGACUCUAAGUCACAGGUAACCUGUGAGUAUGUCUUUGCUGGUGGUGCCACGGUGCCGCAGAGGGUCCACACUGUUGUUGUUUCUCUACAACACUCUGAGAAGAUAACAUUAGAAACACUACGUGAAGAGAUCCGGGAGAAGGUGAUUAAGGAAGUGAUCCCAGCCCAAUACUUUGAUGAUAGAACCAUUGUCCACAUCAAUCCAUCCGGGCUUUUUAUUAUUGGAGGACCCCAGUCGGACGCGGGGCUCACCGGGCGCAAGAUCAUCGUGGACACGUACGGCGGGUGGGGCGCGCACGGCGGCGGCGCCUUCUCCGGCAAGGACUUCACCAAGGUGGACCGGUCGGCGGCGUACGCGGCGCGCUGGGUGGCCAAGUCGCUGGUGCGCGCCGGCCUCUGCCGCCGCUGCAUGGUCCAGGUUGCCUAUGCGAUUGGAGUAGCUGAGCCACUCUCUAUCACGGUGUUCGACUAUGGCACAUCGCACAAAACCCAACAGGAACUACUCUCCAUUGUACAGAAGAACUUCGAUCUUCGGCCCGGCAAAAUUGUUAAAGUAUACUACUUCUCUGGUCGCGUCACAGUGGAGCGAGUGCGUUUGGGAACGAUGAGUCCCGAACGUUCUCGUUCUACUGCAAAUCUUGUGCUGCUCGCCGUGGCGUUGCCCCCAAGA